AUGGGCCGAGGGAGCACAGGGAGGGGGCCGCUGAAGGCGCAGAAACACUUCACUCGUUUAAAAAGGCAUGCUUUGGGCUUGGAGCUCACUGAAGUGAAAGUCUUCCAGACUGGGGAGGAUCCAUCGAUCCCCUUGCACGUGCUUUCCAGGCUCUCCAUAAACUCAGACCUCUGGCACAGCAGCUCGGACUUGGAGUUUACCAUGCAGUGCUUGGUGCCUGACUUCCAGCAGCCCGCAGACUGCAUGGAUUUCUCCUCCCGACUUCAGGAGCAGCAGGUGUGUCUGGAACGAGUGACCAGCUCAGAUCUGGGGCUCAGUGGCACCAUCCAGGUUCGCAAUGUUGCUUUUGAGAAGCAGGUGUCUGUCCGGUACACCUUCAACCAGUGGAGAAGCCUCCAUGAAGUGUGUGCCCGUUGGCACAGUAGCAUCCCUGAGAAAAGCGGGCAGGGUCAGGUCGAUGUUUUCACUUUCUUUCUCCCUGUGCCUCCUUUCCUCCUGCAGCUGUGCUCUGUCGUCCAGUUUGCAGCGAGGUACCGAGUCAACGGCUGGGAGUACUGGGAUAACAACAGAGGCAAAAACUACACUCUUACCUGCCGGACUCACCCCCUUAAGAUGCCCAGAGAGUGCGAGGAGAGCUGGAUCCACUUCAUCUGA